AUGAAAUAUUCAAAAUUAACACCAAAACAGUUCAAUUCUCUUCUUAAACAGUCAUCAUCAACUAUUAAUGCCAGCAAAUUAUAUGUCUGUACACGAAAUGCGAAUGUUACUGUCCAAAGCAUCAAUGAUGUUGUAUCAGUUCUGAAAUCAGUUAAAACAUACAUGAAAUUCAAAAUAUUUGAUGGUGUCAUUGAUUUUUUAUUACAAAAUGAUAAGGAAAGAUGCGAAAGUGCAGAAGAAAAUAAAAAGCUUCGAGAACAAAUUCAAAAGCUUCAAGAACAAAUUCAAGAUUUGAAAUUUCAAAAGAAUCGAAAAUUUUUAACUAAAAUCACAGAACUUAAGAUAUCUAAUGAUUUUGAUAGUGUUUACAAACUCUUCGGAAAAAUUUCUGCAGAAGACAAUCAAGAAAUGAUGUCAAAAGCUUGUGAAGAAGGACUUUGGAAAAAGACAACAGAGAAUAGAAAGAAUGUACUUCAUGUUGCAUGUGAAAAGGGAAAUCUUCAGCUUGUCAAAUUACUUAUCGAAUGUGGCUGUAACAAAGAAACAAUAGAUGAAUAUGGAAAUACUCCUCUCAUUUAUGCAUCAUGGAAUAAUCAACUUGAAGUUGUUAAAUAUCUUAUCUCUGCAGGAGCUAAUAAAGAAGCAAAGAAUAACGAUGGGAAAACUCCUUUAAUUUAUGCAUCAUUAUACGAUUAUCUCAAUAUUGUUAAAUAUCUUGUCUCUGAUGGUGCUAAUAAAGAUGUAAAGAAUAAUGAUGGAAAAACUCCCAUAAUUUAUGCAUCAUUAUACGGCUAUCUUGAUGUUGUUAAAUAUCUUAUCUCUGAUGGAGCAAAUAAAGAAACAAAGAAUAAUGAAGGAAAUACACCACUCAUUUAUGCAUCAUGGAAUAAUCAUCUUGAAGUUGUAAAAUAUCUUAUCUCUGUUGGAGUUAAUAAAGCUGCAAAAGAUAAUGAAGGAAAAACUGCACUAUCGCAUGCAAAAGGUAAAGUAAGAGAUUAUCUAAAAUCUAUUGGAGCCAAGUAA